AGGCUACAAAAUGGAGCCAACCCCGCAAUUAUCACCCUAGUAUGCUCCGAGGCACUCGUCCACGCUCAACAGGCGUGGGAAGCACCAGUUCGACGAACCCCUUCCUCUCACUCGCCCCGCAUCGCUCUCUCUCCUCGUCCCAUCCACUCCAUUCUCGCGUCAUCGCCUACCUCACUCGCCUCACCCAAGACGAAGGAGUCAUCCACGUCUGUCACCUACACAACUACACCAUUGGGCACCUCACUGAGCUCCUCCCCUGGGAAAAUCCGGAGCUACUGGGUCUGAAUGAGAACAAGGGGCAGACCAUCCGGCUACGCAUACGUACGGACGACGCGGAGGGAUUCAGAGAUUACAAGACUACGCGACAGGUCUUGCUUCAUGAGCUGGCACAUAUCGACGUAUCUGGACAUCCCGUGGAGUUCAAGGAGCUGAACAGCAAGCUGAAUGCUGAAUUGGCGGCUUGGGAGAAGAAUAGGGAGCAAGGGACGCACAGCCUUGUGGAGGGCGAGAUGUAUGCUCCAGCGCCGCAGGCUGGCAGCUCCAACAGUGGUGGAGGAUCGUACGUUCUGGGAGGUGGUGCAGCAGGAGACCUUACGGCAGGACCAGCGAGCUCUGAUGAGAGGCGCAGGGCCAUCCUCGAUGCCACGCUGCGGCGCAUCGCCAAGGUCGAGGAGGAAAUUGAGGCCGGGUGCGGGUCGCAUCAGAAGACACACCAGCAUCAACCUUCUCAAGCAUAGUCUCUUCCCAAUCUUUGCUUAGCUUUGUAUUCCCGCCUCUCUAAUCGCAUAGAUACCAUAUUGGCCUAU